GGGGGGGGGGUGUACAUCAUGGGUAUAGUAUGUACUGUGUCCCAGAGCCUUAAUUCCUGUCCUUUGAAAUGCUGGAUGUUUUGUUAAAUUAUUGCUGCUUUUAUUAUAUAAUUGCACUACCCAUUUCUGUAGUUUGUAGUAUUCUUGUUUUCUUUUUGUUUUUAAAGCCUUGCAUAGCUCCAGGAUCGCUCUCCUCUCUCUCUCAUGCUGCAGAAUGGAUCAGACUCUGCAUUCUUUCUGAACUACUUUGUAAUAAAACACCACACUUUGGCAGUCUCAGUUUUGCAAGCAGAACGUAAAAUGUACCAUUUUAUCUUUCUCCUUCCUCCUCCUCCUCGUGCCCCGGCCCGCCGACGAUCUCUCUCUUUUCUGAUUUAUUUCCCGGAUCAUCGUGGCAGGAGGGGUGAUUUAUUUGGCUGCGGAUGGAUGGAUGCUGGUCCGCACAGUCGGGUGUGAAUGAUUGAAUGAGUUGCGGCCUGUGCCACUUUGCCCUUAAAUGAUCUUCCGGAGGGACGGGGCAGGGAGGUUUGCUGGUAGCCUGUCUGUUCCGGUCUGCGCGUGCAUUAGUCUGCCUUGAUAUCUCCAUGUAGGUAAUAAUGUGAACUAUACUGGUCCGUCCAACAGGUGGCACUGCAUUACAAACCCUCCGCGGUAUUACUGCAUUAAAGCAUGCUUUAUUCCUCAUUUUUACUGUACACAAGUCAAGGGCCUGCUUAUGAUUAUACCACGAUAAUUCCCUAGGGAUUAAUAUGAUUAACUCCUAGCUGCUGAAAUGAGGAAUGAUAAUGAGGAAGAAUAUAUAGAUCAGGCACCUCCAUUUUAUGCAGUGAUCAGAACUGAAGAUGAAUUUUGCACAAAGCAAUUUUGUUGGUUAGCAAUGCAAAAGGAUGAAGCAUUUGCUGAGCUGGGGCUUAACUCACUUUUUAAUGCCAGAACUGGCCGCACGCCGUGAAGCCCGUAGGAGCCGCCUGCGUUGCAUUCUCUUCCGCUGCCCGGGUGCAGAGGCCACUCGAAGUUUCCUUACGGUUCUGGUAUCACUAAAACACGCAAACGCCUGGAUUAAUGUGAAAUAUUACUCACGCAAUCGAAAUGAUUUAUGAUUUUUAAAUGUUACCUUAACCCAAUGCGGUCUAUUGAUAUGUAAAAUUGCUAUGCAAGCAUUAGUUUACCUGGGAUUGUCACGGAUCAAUCACUGCUAAUCAGCAGUUAGUUUAGGAAGAUGUACAGUAGGUUAAACUUCUCUAAGCACUUCCAACACCCAUACCACAAAAAUAUCUAAGCUUCUGUAAGUAUACAACAAUAUAAGCAGACUGCUAUUGUUUUGCGCUUUGAAUUAAGUUUUAUUAUUACGUGGCUUAAUCUCUGCUCUGAUUACUUUUUCUGUGGACACCAAUUUUUAAUGUUGAAAUUAAUUUAUGGGAAUGAUAUCGACAAUUGAUUUCGGCCGAAGUCUCAAACUGGAACACGUUCUGACCGCUGAAAUCAGCAUGAUAGGGUACUAUUCCGGUGUUUAAAAAAACUCAUCGCUCAUCAAUAACUAUCUAGUCUCCAUAGCAAACCGACAUGCUGCAAAACAUUUCAGGAGAGCUUAAAUGUGACAUCAAACACCUUCCUCCAUCACCAAAAACACCAGCAGCUUCUCAGGUGAUAAACAGACCUCUAUUCAAGUAAAUGUUCCAUAACAUUGGUCUGUUUUUACACAUGCAUUCGGCCUCACUCCCUUUACUCUUUAUCUAAUAGUUCAAUGCAGACAAUAAUUACAAGAAGUGUGCUUAUUUUGUUGAACAGCAGCUCCGGUGUAAUGGUAAAGUAAAACAAGAUUGUAAACUAAUCUGUUCUAUACAUUGUAAUGGAAAUGUGCGGAGGACUGUCAGAGUUUAUUCCUGUCAAGCGUGAAAAAUCAAGGCUAAAGUGAAUUCUGUUCUUACUGCUAAUAGCCCAGUGCAACUCGCGUGCAAUCUAUAAUCUUCCAGUGUUUGCGUAAAAGCUCCGCGUGCUACGCUAGGCGUUGAUUGGCGUUUUCUGACAGCACCACGUGACAGCUGAACUUCACAUCAUCUCGGGAGAACAACGAUGCAUCGUCCAUUUAGGGUUAUUUCAAUGCUGACAUACAUUUAUCCUGUUUUGCAUCUAUUGCUAUAGCUGAAACACUAAUUGCAAUUUAAAGCACUGGUCAGUUGUACAUUGUAUUUUAGCUGCCAGGAAUCACACUUGUUUUUCCUGGUUAUGUUACUACUUGACGGAAUGACUGCUAUACAAAUAUUACAUUUUUAAACAGCAUGUUUAUUCAUAUGUCACAUAUGGGUUUCUGAGCUGGUCUUUAUUUCUCAAAUAUACUGGCGAUGUACAGUCAUUUUUUUCCAUAGACUAAACAUAUUAUUUUAAAUUGAACGGAUUAUAUUAAAACUUAAUCAGAGUAAGGUGACAAUGUGACGCGAGCAUUUCUAAUUCAGUCAACGGCGGCAUAUAGUCAUUAAUGGUAACAGAACUUCUAUGAUAUUAAAAUGGUCUGCAGCUAUCCAUACGAUUCAGUACUAUUACAAUUCGUUUUGCAUCUCGUUUUGUAGAAGAAUGUUACUUCAUUUAGUCAGAAGUUUCGGGCUCCGGUGUGUUCCUCACUGUCUACAGUAAAAUGUAUGCAUUCCUGGCUUCACCCACAAACCACUCCCUCCACCUAAACCUCUCCAAAGUGUCCCGGCUUGUGCAAAAAAAUCGCAGCUGAAAAGCUUCUCGGGAUCCGCUUUGGGUGACGCUCGAUCGUUACUCUGCUGCUGACGACUUUCACCAUGCCAAACUGGGGUGGGGGUAAUAAGUGUACGGCCUGCCAGGGGGUGGUGUACCACGCUGAGGAGGUUCAGUGCGACGGCAAGAGCUUCCACAGAUGCUGCUUCCUCUGCAUGGUCUGCCGGAAAGGCCUAGACAGCACCACGCUAGCCAUCCACCAUAAGGAGAUCUACUGCAAAUCCUGCUACAGGAAGAAGUAUGGCCCCAAGGGUUAUGGCUAUGGUCAGGGGGCUGGGACGCUCAACACGGACCGCGGAGAGAGGCUCGGGAUUAGACCAGACAAGAGCCCGAGCCAUCGGCCCGCAAGCAGCCCCAACCCUUCCAAGUUUGCCCAGAAGUUCGGGGGGCUGGAGAAGUGCGCCCGAUGUGGGGAACCUGUCUAUGCUGCAGAGAAGGUAGUGGGGGCUGGCAAGCACUGGCACCAGAUCUGCUUCCGCUGUGCCAAGUGUGGCAAGAGCCUGGAGUCCACCACGCAGACGGAUAAAGGAGGAGAGAUUUACUGUAAAGUUUGUUAUGCAAAGAACUUUGGGCCGAAAGGCUUUGGCUACGGCCAGGGAGUGGGGGCCCUCUUGCACGCCAAGUGAGGAAGCCAGCAGACCGCCGUCACCGAGGGCACCGGAUCAGUGAUUCAACUACUGCAUUCCUUCCUUUCUUCAAGAAAUUUUCCAUUUUGCAUUGAAGUAUUAAAAACAAUCAGGUUG